GGCUCCACAGCACAGGAAGGCAGCGGGGAGGAAAAGGGCAGGAGAUCCCCCCGGAGGAGGGGCUCCAAAGCCAGCCCAGGGUGCUCUGAGGAGGAAAGACCCAGCCUGUGCCGGGAAGGCGGCCGGAACUUGAGCCAGAGCUCCAAGCUGGUGGUGCAGGAGCGCGUCACUGCCGUGGAGAAGACCUACAAGUGCCCCAGCUGUGGGAAGAGCUUCUGCAACAGCUCCAACCUCCUUGCCCACCAGCGUGUCCACACUGGGGAACGGCCCUACGAGUGUGCGGAGUGUGGGAAGACCUUCAUCUAUGGCUCCCACCUCUUCACCCACCGCCGGGUGCACACGGGGGAACGGCCCUACAAGUGCUUGGAAUGCGGGAAGGGCUUCACCGUCAGCUCCCGCCUAAUCCGCCACCAGCAGAUCCACAUAUCUGGGAUCUGCUGGUGGCGGAUCAGGGGGCAGCAGCCCUACAUAUGUUGGGAAUGCAAGAAAAGCUUUAGAGACAGCUCCGGCCUCAUUGCCCACCAGCGUGUGCACACGGGGGAGAAGCCCUACAAGUGUGGAGAGUGUGGGAAGAGCUUCAGCGUCAAAUCCAGCCUGACCCAGCACCAGAAGACCCACACGGGGGAAUGGCCCUACCAAUGUCUCGAGUGUGGGAAGAGGUCUCGGAGCAGCUCAGAUCUCCUCAAGCACCAGCAGACGCACACGGAUGAGAGGCCCUUCUGCUGCACCGACUGUGGGAAGGGCUUCAAACGCAACUACACCCUCGUCAACCACCGGCGCAUCCACACUGGGGAGAGGCUCUACAAGUGUGGAGAGUGUGGGAAGAGCUUCACCCACAGCUCUGCCUUGACCACACACCAACGGACCCACCAGUAAGGGAAGCCCUGCGAGUGCCUUGACUGUGGGAAGAGCUUCAUCUGCUGCUCCAACUCCAUCACCUGUUGGAGGACACACCUUGGGAACAGGCUUGGUGACCCACAUUCCCAGUGACCCACAUUGAGAACAGGCUUGGUGACCCACAUUCCCAGUGACCCACCUUGGGAACAGGCUUGGUGACCCACAUUCCCAGUUACCCACCUUGGGAAGACCCCUGGCUGGUGGACUGUGGCAGGAUAGUCCCAGCCUGGCCAGACCCAAGGUCCAAUCAAGCUCAUAAUCAAGCUGUCGCACAAGAUCAACUGCUGGAGCCGGGGUGUUGUCUCGGUGUUAACUCUGCUCAAACCAUCCUGGUUGGUCUAACGUUGACCACACACCCUGCUGGUUGAAGUCUGAGUUGACAGAUAAGCUGAGAGCUGGCCUGGAAAGGCAGGCCUGGCACUCAAUCACUUUAUCUUAUAAAAAGUCCAGUCCCCUCUCAUGCAGUCAGGUUCUUUCCGACAAAACCCUCCCUGGGGGGUGUGUGGAGAUUCCUCCCUUGGCUGGGGACGCCCUCCAAGGUCACUCCUCAAGGCUGAGAGAAAGAGAUCUCCCCACAAACUUUGGUCUGUGUGAGUUACAUCAGAUCUCUACUUAAUAAUUAUUUCUUUUUGCCAGCUUUAGUAGAACUUCUUCAAUAAAUGCUUUGUUAUAGUGCCCUGUACUGCUUUAUGCUAUAUUAGAUUCUACUAGUAGAUUUUUAGUUUUUAUAUUGUUUUAGUGUUUCUGCUGUGCAGUAAAUAGUUCUGAUUAAGGUUUUUGUCUGAUCAUUUGUAUAAAGUACAUUAUUCAUUUUAUAUAAAUAUUCUGGUUUUGCCAUCAUGAAAACCUG